CUACCGGUCAGGUGCUAGAUGCCCAUCUCCAAUUUAUUAAAAAAAAAUUGGGAAAAUUAUAGAGAAAAAUAAAUACAUGUCUACUGUACGUAAGCGUUGAAGAUGCAGCUGACACCGGAUUGUCUAAAGUAAUCCGGAGUAAUGCUAGCUUUAUCCAUGCAGACCGCCAAGGUGUUCGUCGGCAGCCUGCCGCGCUGCAAGCCUGACGAACUGCGUCGACUAUUCUCCAACUACGGAUCGGUUGUGGAAUGCGACGUGAUGAACCGCUGCGCCUUCGUCCACCUGGAGAACUCGGACAUGGCAGAUGCGGCUAUCGCCGCCCUAAACGGCACAGUCUUCAAGGGUCAGUCAAUCGUGGUUGAGGCAGGCAGGCCCAAGUACGGCCCUGGAAAUGGUAGUCGUGGACCUCCGGGUUCUGGUGACAAUUCAGGUCGCAGGCCCUCAGAGGGUCAAAGUGGCUCUUCGGACAAAAGACCUCCGGAAUCUGGCAAUAACUUCAAGAGAAAUUUUCGCGAAACUGGUGGGAGAUAUUCCAACGAAGGCGGUGAUCCAAGGGGUUCCACAGGCAGUAAAUUUGGACCCGUCCGGAAUGAGUCUGAUUACAGACAACAGCGCAGUGCUCCUUACUCCAAAGGACCACCGCAGAACAAUGAAUCCUCCAACCAUGGCCAGGGAUAUAGAAACAGAUUUGCAGCCGGAGGCAAAUACGGCGGAAACGAGGGUAACGGAGGACGCUUUGGCAACAAUCGGUUUCAACAAAGGGACAACAAUGGAUCACAUGCAGGGAGGAGAAACUUUAGAAACAGUCCAACCAGUGGUUUUGGUGGCGGAGGCAGUAAUAAUGACUUCCAUGGAGGAAGCUCUGGUGGCAGAGCCGGAACCUUAAACCAGAGAGGCGGCGGCGGAGGUACAGGAGGCGGCAAUGUGCGGCAGGAUCGCCGUGGCUUUGCCCUACCUGUAGAGCAUCAACAGCAGCAAAUUGGCUUUGGGCGUUUUGGAAACGGAGGAAAUCCACCAGGACGAGCCUUCUUUAACGGAGGCGGAGGAUUUAGUGCCAGACGCGGAGGCAGCCACGAUUCCAACAACCAACAAGGAGGCGGAGGCCCAAACAAACGCGGAGGAGCAGGAGGUAAAAAUCACAAUCAGAAUGGCAUGAAUGCAUAUCACUCAGAGUUUCCGCCUUUGGGUAGCGGAGGCGGAGCGCCAGGCCAAAGAAACCGUUUCAGCGGGCCCAGACCCGGACCGAAUAUGGGCGGUAAUAGACGAUUUUAAGCAAGUGCAACGCCACAACGAUUUUUGCCAGUCCUCGUGUACUCCAAUUAAUAAUGUAAUAGCCGAAUUUUGUUUUCCAUUUUUUUCCGCGCAGAAUCUUUUAGUUAAGCAAACGAUGACUUUUUUUAUUUGUCCCUUAGCCGUGUAAUUUUAAGACCAACAUCAACAGUAUAUUUGUUAUUCGUAGAUAAGUUCGUUUCGAUAUUUAUGCAAUACUUAAAUAAUCAUAUUACUUGUGUGCAACUAGAUACGAGUCAAUCAAUACAAUCAUAAACACCA